AUGCCACUCGCAGAAGAAUAUAAUGAUGCGCAAUCGAGUCAUGCGAGCUCCAGUAACGCGAGUAAACAGCCCAGUAGGACUUCGACGACACCUGUUAAGAUACAAACGUCCCUUUUAUCUUUUCUCCAAAAGGGCUUACCAACUCCCAGUUCUAGUGGAGAUAGAAAAAUAACAAAAAAUGAUUUUAGAACACAAGAACCUGUAAGUCCUAUUACUCCGAGUUCAAAAGGAUCCAACUCGAGUCAAGUCUUGGAGAGAGAAAGUUCAAGCUUAACCGAAGAGUUUGAAGAGCCAAGCCUUGAAAAAAGGAGUUCAAGGGAAUUUGCUUCUAGUUCAACUAUUCGACGAGAUUUACCUGUCUCUUCUUCACAACGUGUAGCUGAUUUUAAGACAAAAAAUGAUGAACGUUAUAGUUGGUUGCUGGAUGUCAAAGAUGCAGAUAAAAAUCCAGAAGGAUCGCCGAAUUAUGAUCCAAGAACAUUACAUAUUCCUAAAUCCGCCUGGAAUAAAUUUACUCCUUUUGAGAAGCAAUUUUGGGAAAUUAAAUCAAAGCAUUGGGAUACAAUCGUAUUUUUCAAGAAAGGGAAAUUUUAUGAGUUAUAUGAGCGCGAUGCCGACAUUGGUCAUUCGGAAUUCGAUCUUAAGCUUACUGAUCGUGUCAAUAUGCGCAUGGUUGGUGUUCCUGAGAUGUCAUUUGAGUCUUGGGCUGCACAAUUUAUUGCCAAAGGAUAUAAAGUUGCGAGAGUUGAUCAAAUGGAAACAGCUAUAGGAAAAGAAAUGCGUGAGAAAUCCAGUAAGAAAAAGGAAGAAAAAAUCAUUCGUCGUGAGUUAACAUCUAUUCUCACCGCUGGAACUAUAGUUGACGGCGGACUAUUGACGAAUGAAAUGUCAACUUUUUGCAUGUCAAUUAAGGAAUCUUGCAAUACAGAAAAUGAAUCUCCUACCUUUGGAAUCUGCUUUGUUGAUACCGCAACUGCAGAAUUUCAUAUAACAUCUUUUAAUGAUGAUUUGGAUCGAACCCAAUUUGAAACCUUGAUUAUGCAAGUGAAGCCGAGAGAAAUUGUCUAUGAAAAAGGAAGGCUUAGUCAACGAACAAUGCGUAUAUUGAAAAAUUGUACCAGUCGCACAAUUUGGACGGCACUUAAACCAGAUGUAGAGUUUUGGGAUGCCACUACAACUCAUGACGAAAUUAGAUUUUCUCGAUACUUUUCAAAAAAUGGUAAGAAAUCAUUUGGUCAAGAAGAGGAAGAAGAUGUUAUUAUGGAAAACAAUAACGACGAUGAAAUAAUGGAAAAUUCGGAAAGUGAAGAUCCUUACGACACGUGGCCUAGCGCAAUAAAAGAAGCUAUGAAAAAGCCAUUAAUGAUGUCUGCUUUGGGUGGUCUCAUUUGGUAUUUACGCUCGUUGAAACUUGACGCAGAACUUGUAUCUCUCAAAAACUUUCAUAUCUAUGAUCCCAUUCGUCACUGUUCUUCUCUCAUUCUCGACGGUCAAUCUUUGGCAAAUCUAGAAGUAUUCGAGAAUAGCGUAGAUGGCAGUGAUCAAGGAACGGUAUUCAAGUUAUUAAAUCAUUGUGCUACUCCAUUCGGCAAACGAACUUUUAAAAAAUGGUUAUGUCAUCCGCUUCGCGACAUUGAUGCCAUUAAUGCACGUUUGGAUGCAGUAGAGGAAUUAAACUCGGUUCCUGAAUUUCGGGAUUCAUUCUAUGCAAGCUUUUCUCAAUUUCCGGACCUUGAACGAUUAAUAAGUAGAAUUCAUGCAAAAACUUGUAAAGUGAAAGAGUUCUUACUCGUUUUGACGGCGUUCGAGAAUUUAAUGAAAACAGUUUCACAUCUUGGUGGCUUUGCGCAGAAAUUUAAAUCGGAAAAAUUGCUUAAAUUGUUUGAAACGAUUCCCAACUUGACACCUAUGCUUUUAUACUUCAAAGAAGCAUUCGAUCACGGAAAAGCGGAAAAUGAAGGAAAUCUAAUUCCUUAUCCUGGUAUUGACAACGAUUACGAUGAUAUAAAAACUAAGCUUAAGGAUAUUGAUGAGAAAUUAGCCCAACACUUGGCUGAGGCAAAUAAUCAAUUAAGAACAACGAAGAUUAUAUACAAGGAUGUUGGAAAAGAAAUUUAUCAACUUGAAGUCCCAAAUUCAAUAAAAAAAGUCAAUCGCUAUUGGAAUCCAACUCUUCAGAAACUUGUUAGAGAUUUACAAGAAGCUCUAGAAGUAGAAUCUAAUGUUUUAAAAUCCUUGAACGGUUCAUUUUACGAAAAAUUCGAUGCUCAUUAUCACGAGUGGUUGCUUGCGGUCAAAAUUAUUUCCGAACUCGACUGUCUUCUAAGUUUGGCCAAUAGCUCUUUGGCAUUGGGUGAACCUUGUUGUCGGCCUCAGUUUAUAAGGCAAGGUCCUAGUAUAUUAGAAUUUGAAGAGCUUAGACAUCCUUGUAUCGUAUCCGGUAUCGUCAACGAUUUUAUACCUAAUGAUACUUUUUUGGGCGGCGAUCAACCAAAUAUUAUACUAUUGACGGGCCCUAAUAUGGGUGGUAAAUCUACACUUUUAAGACAGAAUUGUGUUGCAAUCAUUAUGGCUCAACUUGGUUGCUACGUUCCUGCUAAAAGAUGUCUUAUGACACCUUUCGAUAGAAUUUACACACGAAUCGGCGCUAAUGAUAAUAUUCUAGCUGGUCAAAGUACUUUCAUGGUAGAAUUAAGUGAAACGUCCAAAAUUUUGCACGAAGCGACACCAAGAUCUAUGGUUAUUCUUGAUGAACUUGGACGUGGAACUUCAACAUUUGAUGGAUAUGCCAUCGCAUACUCAGUUUUGCAUUAUUUAGCAACUCACAUUGGUUGUCUCGGUCUAUUUUCUACGCAUUAUGGUAUGCUUACUCAAGAAUUUUCCAAGAAUCCUAAUAUCGCACUUAAGCAUAUGAGUUGUGAAAUUGAUCAAGAUCGAAAAGAAGUGACCUUCUUAUACAAAUUAAUAUCUGGAGUUUGUCCAAAAUCUUAUGGAAUGAAUGUAGCUAACAUGGCCGGAAUUCCUCGUCAGAUCGUUGAUCGUGCAGAAAUGAUUGCCGCGAAAUUUGAACAAACUUCUCGAUUACAAGAUACUUUAACUGUGAGGUCAGGUAUCCCAAUAACAACUCAUUGUGAUUUCGUUUAUCUAUUGAAAGCUGCAGCCAAGAAUGGUGAUAGUACUUUAGAUGAAGGUGUGGGUGAUAGAGCUUUGGACAAUCAAACAGAACGCGAAAAAGAGGAACGACACGCUAGGGUAUUGAAAGCAAUAAUUCAUGGGAUAAAGAUGAUGUGA